AUGCGAGUAGAGUCCAUGCGAGUAGAGUCCAUGCGAGUAGAGUCCAUGCGAGUAGAGUCCAUGCGAUGUCCCUGUAGCCGUAAGCGGGAAAGUGUCCCUUCGCAGAUUAACGUUAGCUUAGUCUCCGGUGUCCCUUGCUGGCCCACAGGUCCUGUGAAGGAGCUGGGGCUGCAGGGGAAAGUCUCCACCCACCAGAUGGCCAAGAAAUGGGACAAUCUGAAGAGGAGAUACAAGGAUCUGAAGUACCCUCCGGUUGGGAUGGAGAACGUAGCGGACAGCUCCUCCUCCUGGCCCUGGUUUCACCUGAUGAACGAAGCGAUGGAGGGUCGCCUGGCAACCAGCGCCCCUCUCCUCACCCCCGUAACCCAUGACGACGAGCAGUACCCCGACCCAGCCCCCAGACACCGGGCCCGGGCCACCGCUGCCGCCGUACCUCCACCUCCCACCUCCCACACCUCCUCUGACUACGCACAGGAGGUGUUCGCCGACAGCCGCAACGACAGUGGUGGAGCCCUAGGUGGAGGGGAGUCGAACCAGCGUUUGGCGGAGGCCUGCGACGGCGCGCUGGAGCGCGAGUGGGAGAUGGUGGAGAGGGAGCGCGCGGCGCUGGAGCGCGAGCGUGAGAUGGUGGACCGAGACCGCGCGGCGCUGGAGCGCGAGAGGGCGGCCGUGCAGGCCGAGAGGCUGUGGCUGGAGAGGGAGCGGGCGGCCGUGGAGCGCGACCGAGCCAUGGUGGAGCAAGAGCGAGCCGCGCUGGACCAGAGGGCGCUGAUGAUGAACUCUGUGGGGCACGCCGGACACCUCAACGCACUCAUGUAGGCGCGGGCGCGCCGAGGCCGG